CAUUGUCUGCUAAGCAGUAAAUCUAAGACCUAGCACAAACGUCUAGGAAUGGCAUAGUGAAAAUAACGAUGUCUCACUGCAUACAACCUUCCGAGAUUCGUGGCCUUGCUUUCUAGGCACAGACGUCGUAAUCAGAUCUUGAUUUUCGCAUAGUUUGAAAGGUGUUGGUGUCAUUGACUUUCUCGACGUGUCGUAUUCGGUGUUCUAAUAUCGAACUAUAUCCCCCAGGAUGCAUGCAUCGAUGCACCUAAUUGCACUAAGGCUUAGACUACUGUUUUAGCGUGACAGGCUAUGUGGGGGAGCUCGAGGAGCUUUCCUUUGUUUUAUCAAAUCUUUGAACAAAGGUCGGUGCUUCGAUGAAAGCAUACAAAAUACGACAAAGCUACAGAAAUGUUACCUUGUAGUAGUUUACAAGAUAGCAAAUGUAUCCCAAUGGAAAUGGCAAGCAAACGCACGCCUCCAACCUGAAGUAGUACGAACGGGUAGAUGCGGAUGCUGUGCUAUCAUACCAAGUGUCAAGAUUCCCGAACAGCAAAGCUAUGAAGAUAGUGUAAGGUGAACCAUGGACUAAAUCUACCCGAGAUCUCGAACCAGCUGAUCGUGGGGUUAUGGAAUUCGCUCAUGCUAGAGCAUUAGCAUGCCAGGCGCGGGCCGCGAGCCACAUCCUUGGCCUUUGCAUUCUCUUCGCGCCUGCCUGUUGCAUUUUCGUUGUAAGUUAGCGUAGAGCCACGAUUUCGCCCGGCAAUUCAGAUUCUUUAUAUUUGCUUGUUCCUGGUUUCGGAAUUGACCUCAAUGUAGUCUGGAACGUUGUUCGAUGGCUGAACCCUUCCUGGUUAGCGUGGGGUGAUAAUGUCAUAGAUUGAGUUUGUGAACUGGCUAUUGUCACCUUGCAUGUUUGACUGAACAAUCUCCGUAACUCAACUGCUUGCAUUUGAUCAAUAUCGAUAUGUUACUUCAAAGGAGUUUGAUAAUCUGCGGUGCACUAAUGAGACACAGUUUGAUCUUGGUGUAUGAUAGUGUAUAAUGGUGCAAUAUCAGUCGUGCUAAUAGAAAAGUCUUGGUGACGUUGACUUCUUCCUAUCCCUGUCGAGGGGUGCUUAAGAACACCCCUCUCCCAAGAUCUUUUGGAAAAACUGCAACCAGAUUUUCAACAAUACAUCUCAUACCCCUCAUUCAACUCUUUUCAACAUGUCAGACCUCAAAGCAACCGUUUCAGAGACCACAACCAAGUCCGGCCAUGCCGGGUUCCACGUUGAAGGUUAUGAGAAGAUUGAAUAUGACUUCACUUUCAUUGAUGGUGUCUUCAAUAUCGACAAUCCAAAUCUUGCCGAAUGCUAUACGCCCUGGGGAAGGUGCUUAGCCGUCACUGACAUGAACAUUUACAAUGUUUACGGAAAGCAGAUGGAGAAGUACUUUCAGCACUACAACAUUAAGCUGGUAUUCCACAAAACGAAGAUCGGAGAGAAGGCAAAGACCAUUCCUACCUUUUUGAGUAUUGUGGAUUCCAUGACCGAAUUUGGAAUCUAUCGCAAAGAGCCAGUUCUUGUUGUCGGAGGAGGUCUUGUCACUGAUGUUGCCGGAUUUGCUUGCGCAGCAUACAGACGAAACACCAACUUCAUUCGUGUUCCAACCACCGUCAUUGGAUUGAUUGACGCAUCAGUGUCAAUCAAGGUUGCAGUCAACUAUGGCAACUACAAGAACAGACUAGGCGCUUAUCACGCUCCCAUUCAUACAUUCCUUGACUUUACAUUUUUACGAACACUUCCAACUGCGCAGAUCCGUAAUGGUUUUGCCGAAUUGAUCAAGAUUUCAUCCUGCUCCCACCUACCCACUUUCGAUCUAUUAGACAAAUACUGUGAACAGCUCAUUGAGAAUUCUUUCGGUCGAGCUGAUGGCUCUUCCAAGGAAUUGAUUGAUGCCGCAGACACGAUCAACAGAGGGGGUAUCCACGAAAUGUUGAAGUUGGAAACACCAAACCUUCAUGAGAUUGGUCUGGAUCGUGUAAUUGCCUAUGGGCACACAUGGUCACCUCUUCAUGAGCUUGUUCCGGAAACACCUCUCCGACACGGCCAUGCGAUAUCCAUUGAUAUGGCUUACUCGGCAACUCUUGCCAAUCAACGAAAGCUCUUGAGUGAUGAGGAGCAUCGCCGCAUCUUGAACUUGUUCUCUCGUGCAGGUCUUUCAAUGGAUCAUCAUCAAUUCGAUGAAGAGAUCCUCGAAAAAGCUACUGCUGCUAUCCUCAAGACACGAGAUGGCAAACUCAGAGCCGCUGUUCCAAAUCCUCUUGGGUCGUGCACCUUCUUGAAUGAUGUUUCUGCCGAGGAGAUGAACCAGGCUUUACAUCGUCACAAAGAGCUCAUGAAGGAGUAUCCUAGAAAUGGAGAAGGGCUCGAGGCAUUUGUUGAUGCCUCUGAUACCGGUUACACUGAGAACGCGAAGAUGGAAGAAGAAAGAAUCAUUGAAAUGGCAGCGAAAAAGGCUGGCCAGAUGAAUGGAACAAAUGGCCAUGCAAAUGGAACCAAUGGACACACCAAUGGGACUAACGGUCAUACCAACGGAACCAACGGACACACCAAUGGAACUAAUGGACAUGCCAAUGGAAUCAAUGGUCAUGCUUCUCACACAAAUGGCAAGGCGAAUGGUCUAAUUAAUGGGCAUAGUAAUGGGGCAUUGUCAAAUGGUACGACAGGCAACUACUGAUGCAUGGGUGGAUCAUAAAAGUGAAGGUUAACGUUUGAGAUUAUAAUGUUGUUGGACUACGGACACGACUUGCAUGGUUUCUUUAAAGCAAUGAUUUUUUUUUUGGAAGAUAAAUAUGCUUCCAAUCCAAUGAGUUAUUAUGUGUUUGAUUGCAAAAUGUGAUGGAUGAUAUUUAACUUUGGCUUGUUAUUUUCGUACUACCGGAAUCUGUGUGCAUUGGAUGCUGUAUUAGUGUUCUCAAUGUAUAAUUUGCGGGAGUGAUGGAGUAGUAAGUGCAUUGAGGUUGGGUUUGAGGUUGGUUGAGGCUCCUUGUGAUGGGAGUCCGUGGUUCAAUAGCGUCCGAGAGUCUAUUUGUCAGAUGGGCCAGAUAAUCUUUUAGUGCGUCUCAAUUAAUUAAGAUGUGCAACAAAAAUUAAAGUUUCAUCACGCUUUCUUAUGUAAUAUUGGAUUUGGUGAGGUUGAGGAAAAUAUCGAGGUAUUGUGAAGUUGGCUCAAGGUUGGAU